UGGCGAGGAGGCCCCGCUGCCCGACUGACCGUCCUCGGCGCCUCUUAUACCUUUACUCCGGUUUGCGCGUUCUUCAGGGAACGUACGUGCCCGUUCCACGUUCCACUCGAGAGAGCGCGAUACACAUACCCCCCUUUUAUAGAGUACGUAUACACAAACGGCCCAACAAACGGACGUUGCCGACCCCGAUUGUCAGUGGUGCAUCGCGAUACCUCCAAGGUAGCUGGAGCCGAGCUAAGGGCUCUCGUUCGCCAGCAGCCGCCGCAGUUUUCUCGAGAUCGUUCGCCGUUCGUUCGCACGACCGUUUACUUCGACAUACGAUCGGCAGUUCGGGCAAGACAGUGAUAUGGCACAACUGAUCAGUGUCAAGCUGUCUAGGUUCGACGGAUCCCCCUGGGGCUUCCGUCUGCAAGGCGGCAAGGAUUUCGGCACGCCGCUCGUCGUGCAGAAGGUUAAUAGCGGUUCUCCGGCGGAAGCUGCUGGUCUUAAAGCUGGCGACGCGGUUAUCAGAGUCAAUACUACCGACAUGUAUAAUCUGAGGCACAAGGAUGCGCAGGAUGUCAUAGUCAAAGCCGGAAAUAAUUUUGAAAUAACUGUUCAAAGAGGCGGUAGUACCUGGAAACCGCAUGUGACGCCCGCAACCACAAGCCUGCCGCCUCCGAUGCACACCGCGCCCGCGAGUAACAUCGCGCCGGUCACAAAGACCUCUUUGGCGGCGAAAAAACAGGAUGGACCCCUCAUCGGCACCGGACACAACUUCAGCCCCAAGCCAUUCCUAAACGGCACCGGCGACGGUUCAAUCAAGUCCAUCGUGAACAAACAGUACAACAGCCCCGUGGGGAUCUACAGCGAGGAGACAAUCGCGGAGACACUGUCCGCUCAAGCGGAGGUCCUUGCUGGAGGUGUCCUUGGGGUGAAUUUCAAAAAGAACGAGAAGAACUACAAUGCUCAGAAUAGCGAGGUUUUCAAAAUGGUCCAAGAAGCGGACAAGGAGCCAAAGACCCCAGAGCCCGUUUCUUCAAGGACAGAGUUUUACUCCUCGGUGAGCCACGCGGUUGGCGGGAGGGCCACUUCAUCGAGGUCACCUACGCCAAUGUUUCAUGCUAUGGGCGGUGGUGGUAGCGCACCUGCCGAUAGGCACUUUGUUUGGAUGGACGAAUCGUACGAGAGGAAUCGGGAGCCGCAACCGCAAAAGCAGGAGUCUUCCGCCGGGUCGGGCUCGUCGACGCCGGGCGGGGUCGUUUGUAGCAACUGCGACCGAGUGAUCGUAGGUGUGUUCGUCAGGAUCAAGGAGAAGAACCUCCACGUGGAGUGCUUCAAGUGCUCGACCUGCGGCACAUCCUUGAAGAAUGUCGGUUAUUACAAUAUCAACAAUAAAUUAUACUGCGAUAUCCACGCGAAACUCGUCGCCAGGCAAAAUGCUCCGUCUGGUCUUGUGCCCAUCACUAUACCACCAGGUGGCAAAGCACCAGCUAGUACCAUUAGCGCGGCAUUGGCGAAUGCACCUUUAUCGCCACCCCUCAGCAAUCAUGGAUCGUCGCCUCAGCCAUUCUCCGCGUGCAAUCGUACGAGCCCCGAUUCCGGAUUCCACCAUACGUGGCGAUCGACUUCGAACACGAACGGAUGCAUCAGGAACGGCGAGUGCAACGGCGAGUUGAAAACGUUCACGAGUACGAUCACCAUCCAAACAGGUGGCACAGAGCCCACCACCCGCCUUGGCAUCCCGCCCAUCGAUUCACCCAGCUUACGAUCAGUCCAGGCACCAACGAGCAACAGUUUCAUUGGUCCUAAGCCGUUCGGUGGAUCGAGUGGAUUUUCAUCGAAUCUAUCUCCGACUCCGACAUUGAAUUCCGGCAGCAGUACCUUACCACGUCCUCAAAGCCAGACUGUGACAGAAACCUCCAACAGCGAGACUUACGAAAGAUCCUGUUAUUACGAGAUCGUGGAAAGCACGAAGAAUCAGGCCUCCCGUCCCGACUCCGUAAAGUCCCGCCGGAGCCUCGUUUGGCCACCCUCAAAGCCUAUCGAAGAUAUCACAUAUCCCACCGCCAGUCCCCUGUAUAUCAAUCCGAAUCCUGUUCUCGACAAAAGGUGCCAUCAGAUCAAAGAGAAACGUGCCAGCAUUGAGGCUUGCGAGCGAGCUUUAAGUCAUAGAACCGAGAGGCAUCGAAGCGAAAGCAUCGAUCGAGAGGUCGAAAGGGUAUUGAAAGGGUACGGUCGUCGGCAAGAAAUUGACGCGAUGGAUCGGAUAAGUUGUCCUGGGCAACCGGUAUACCGGCGUGUAGAUUUGGUAGACACAGGCAGUAGAACUUCUCGAUCGGAUGUGGUAACCUCAAGGCCAAGUUCAACCGACAGCGUCCGCAGGUCGCUGACGCCCACCAGAAUCGUUCAACCGAUUCCGAAACCUUGGACCGCGACCGUCAGCAACGGGGGUACCAAUCUUUAUCAGCAGAGUUAUGCAAUACCGCCACCGCAGGAACAGCCUGCGGGACAGGUUUGCAAGAAGUUCAUGCGGGAGGUUUGUCACCGAGAACGUAUAUCGGGCGGCAAGGAACAUCGGGAGGAACAACGAGCUUAUAGAACAGAAAUCUGUCGAAGGGAGCAAACGAUUUGUCCGAAACCGCCCUUGCCCGCACCUAAGCAGGAACAACCAUCAGAGACAGUCAAAGAAAUCGACACGGAGGUAAUCGACCUGAGGGGUGACGAGACCGACGAGGUGGACGUUUCGAAGGGAAUUCAGGGCGAACACGAUCUCAUCACCGAGACGGCUGAAGAGACGGUGGACGGUAUGCACACGAAGCAAUCGGCAACCUUUGAGAAAACCGUGGAGAGAGUAUCAUCACCGAUAGAGAAACCUAGCGCGUCGAUGAUAGAGGAAGCGGAAGACAAAACGGAGUCUCAGUGUUUCGCGAGAAGAACCGAGACACAUAUCAACCGAGAAGUGGGGGACACAGUGGAACGAACUGUCGAGGAAUCCGCCGAAAUGGUUACGUCGGCUGUCGAUGCUCAGCAGAUGUUAGAGAAAGCAAAGGAAGAGGAAGAGGAAAGAAAGAGAGAAGAAGAAGAGGAAGAGCGAAGAAAAGAAGAAGAAGAAAGAAGGAAGCGUGAGGAAGAGGAACGAAGACGUCAGGAGGAAGAAGAAAAGAGGAAACGAGAAGAGGAGGAGAAGAUCAAGAAGCACGUGACCUUCAAUGAAGAGGAUGAAGAAGUCGAAGAAGUGCGAGAGCAGCCAUUGGGCAGGACAGUCGUGCGAGAAGAACGCAUCACGGAAUCGGAAGGGUCCACUCCGGGACGCUGCAAGAUAACAAAGGAGACAUACGAAGAAAUCACUGAAGAAGUGCUGGUUCAGGAACGUGUGAGAAGAAAAGGAGCCGUAGAAGACGAGCGUAGAAAGAGCUUGCGUGAACAAGUAGAGGUCCAUCAGAGCCUCCGGGAUCAACAGGCGCCGGAGAGACGGAGUGUUGUCGCAAAAUACGGACAGCAGCCCCAGGAGACCAUGGAGACGUGCAAGAAAAAGGUGCAGUUCCUGAAAGAGACGGAGACCGGUCCGAAACCUCUGUCAGACACGCCUGUAAAAAAUUCCACGCCCAAGGAGUGGAAAUCCGAGAUGGUAAAUGCUUUGACAACCGCAUCUGAUCGGUCGUACACGCCGUUAAACGCUACGUCUAGUGUGAAGGAACUCUACACCGAGGAGACCAUCUAUCUGGACCACAGGUGUCGGCCCAAGCCACCGCCACCGAAGGAGGAGAUUCGACCGAUUUCGCCUUUCCAGCAAGCACUGACGAUAGCACCUGAACGAUGCUAUACUCCUUUGAGUCGCGAAAUUGGACCGGAAGAUCAACAGAUUGCCAAUAGAGCGCAGACUCCGAAUCUUCAGACUCAAACCAACAGCUAUUGCCCGCCAUUAGAUAUUUUAUACGGUAAAGAGGGUACGACGAGAGAAUCUUAUGCGCGAGAGCAGAUGUGUGUCAGGAAGGAAAUUAAGGAAUCAAGACCGCGACCUUUGCCAACUCCACCACCGGAUCACCGUCUGAGAGACUCUUCGGCAUCGCCUGCCGCGAGACCUCGACCAGAAACGCCAAAAUCAUCCAAAUCUUUCACAGCUGGUCUGAAAAAGCCAGACGCCAUACCGUCCUAUCAGAAAUACUUGGUGGCGAUGAGAAAGGAACCUAUAGAGAGUCAGCCGUUCGUUCCCAGUAGAACGCCUACUCCAACGCCUGGCAGAUCCAAAUCGCCUGCUCAAGGACCACCCGAGCCGCCAGCUUGUUACGUGAAGGCUCAAGCCCCAAGAGUUCGAGAAGAUCCACCACCAUCGAAACGCGGCGGAUCAGUGCAUUUCCCCUCGCGAAAGACCAUCUCUUACAACGUGGAAGAGGAUACCGAUAGCGGUCACAGAAAGCAGGAAUAUUCCGCUUCGAGAUCUGUCAACUACGACGAGAAGGAGACCAGCAGCCUCGACGCGGGCCCGACGGACGCACUUUAUGCCCAGUUCCAGGAAACGCGAUGUAUGACGAGUGAAGAGACUAGCGAGCAGGAGAAUACUGCGACCCACGUGAAGAAAGCGCUUCAAGUAUUCGAAGAUUAUGAGAAAUGCGAGCAAAAAGAGAUAUUACCGCCGCAGAAUCCGAAACCAAGCGUCUGUGCCAUCGAUAAGAUAAGCUAUACGAAGCCCACUUUGUCUUGUCCCAUGACAUCAUCUGCGCCAGCGAGACAGCCGAUCUACAGCAGUUCCACCGAAGUACGUCACGUGCGAUAUGACACGCCUUCACCGAAACCUUGUUCGGAAACAGGAGUGACCGUUCUGCCAUGCAAAGCGCAUUCCGAUCAGGGAAUCAAGGCCGGCGUCGUCGUGGUGCCCUGCGAUGGUUCCCAGACUACUUGCCCUAGAUCCGGAAUCUGUGUGACAGCCACGAAAGAUCGAUCGGGCGUGUGCGUGUCGCCUUCGUUCGGUAUGCGACCCGGUACCUGCGGUCAACCAUCAGGUACAUGCGGUCGCGAAUCCAGCUGCGACUUCAACAUCUCUAACUGUCCGGAUUCUGACAUCUGUAUAGCUCCGUGUGCCGACGGUUCCGUCUGCGUGGCACCUUGCAAGAAACCUGGUCCGAAACAAUCCAAGGCAAAUCUUCCCUUCCCUCAAAUUCCACUUCCCUACGAGGAAAUUUCUCCACCGACCCCUCAAUGUUCAGCUCCCGGCUUCAAACCUCGCACUAAUCUGAGUGGUCAGCUUGCGCGAUUGACCGCCAAGAACGGCCAGUCAAGUGUGCCCGUGGUGCAGCUUUACAAGCCGACUCAGACUCCUCAGACUCAGAGUUAUACCGAGAAUACUUAUUACCACACUCAGAGCUACCGCGAAACCCACUGCGAACCCGGCAAGCAUUGCCAGAACACUCAGAACCGCUGCCAAGACCAGAUCCAUUGUGAUACCUUUAGUAAAACCCAGAAUUUAGUAGACCCACCAAAUUUGUCGUCCCACCCGGAUCUAGGUACUGGAAUCGGUGGCCUCGGCAGCGCGGGUUCCAAGAGUGGAUCGUUCGCCGGUAGCAGCGCGCCCAAACGUGGACGAGGUAUCCUGAAUCAGGCUGUCGGAGCGGGAUCACGUAUACCCCUAUGCGCUCACUGCAAUUCAUACGUCAGAGGGCCUUUCAUCACCGCUUUGGGCCAAAUCUGGUGCCCCGAUCAUUUCGUCUGCGUUAACGCGCAAUGCCGUCGUCCUCUUCAAGACAUCGGCUUUGUCGAGGAAAAAGGACAACUCUAUUGCGAGUAUUGUUUCGAGAAAUUCAUCGCGCCUUCGUGUAACAAAUGCAACAACAAGAUCAAGGGCGAUUGUUUGAACGCGAUUGGAAAGCACUUCCAUCCUGAAUGCUUCAAUUGCGCUUAUUGUGGCAAGCUCUUCGGUAACAGUCCGUUCUUCCUAGAGGAAGGAUUGCCGUACUGCGAAGCUGAUUGGAACGAACUGUUUACUACGAAAUGCUUCGCGUGUGGAUUCCCAGUCGAGGCUGGCGACCGUUGGGUAGAAGCUCUGAAUAACAACUAUCACAGCCAGUGCUUCAACUGCACGAUGUGCAAGAAAAAUCUCGAGGGCCAAAGCUUCUACGCGAAAGGCGGUCGUCCCUUUUGCAAAAAUCACGCGCGUUAAAACCAUCCGACCAUCGAUGACGUAGGAUCGAUGGGAUGAUAGGAGAGAAAAAAUAAAGAGAGGAAAGAAACGGAGGAAAAGUUCAACGAAGAGAGAAGCGUACAGUGUUAAUGCACCAAUUACGUUAUCGUGAUUACUUUCUUUUUUCUGUGUCUUCGACCGAAAUCACUUGACUAACCCUUUGUCAAAUCCGCGAGCGAUCCUUCGUAUAGCUAUAAAAAUACAGGAUCAAUUAGGGUGAUUUUUAACAAAGAAAUAUCUUUAUUAUUUGAGUCUGACAGUGAAUCCUAACAUCGGUGAAACAGAGAACGAUGGUUCUUUAUACAAUAGAUGUACCAUAAAAUGAUAUAAAAAUUAAGAUAUAUAUGAAAAUAUAUAAUAAAAAUAAAAUUUUAAAAAGUGACGACUAUUGAUGAUGUUAAAUGACAUGAUAUCAUAUUUCUUCCAGCGUCACCCUGAUUAAUUCUACGCAAUGCAUAUUUUCACGAGGUACUAGUAAUGUCGCGCGCGUCGUCCGGCUACGAGAUUUAUUCAUUAAUAUUUAUUAUCUAGCUUAAUUAAGAAUGGCGCAGGAGGCUAUCGAUCAUCAUAAUCCUAAAGAAUUUAAUAGAGAUGCAGGUCUCCGUUUCCAAACUAUAAAAUUUAAUAAUUUAUUAAUCGUUUACUUUUAAGCUAAACUAAAACAUAUAGUCAAAAGAAACUAUAUAGAUGGAUAGUUUCUUUCUAACUAAUGAAGAUUUGAAGGCUCUCUUGAACAUAAUUCAAAAUUACUAAUAAGUACAGGCCAUCAGAGUCAAGCGCGGUAAUUAGUGUAAAAAAAGAAUUAGUGAAAUUUUAAUUACAAUUUAUUAGCGUACGUUUCGAUCCUUUUUGAAAAAAAAACUUCUCGACGAAAAAAUUAUCGAAGGUCGAAAAACGCGGUGCGCAAAUAAAUGUCAUUAUAAACUGCACGUAAUAAAUUAAAGUUUAAACAUAGUCGCUGGUUAUGAAGUAAAGUUGAAAGUCAAUAUACUUAUAUAUAAAGUUAAAUUAGAAAUUAAACGGUGAGAAGUAAUAACUACGUGAUGUAUAGAAACCAAGAAAUCAAGAGAUUAAAAGUUGUAUAAAGCUGAUUGAUGUCUAUCAAUUCAAUCAUUGCUGCACCGUCAUUGAUGUAAGUUUAAGAUGCCCGUUAGAAAACCUUUCCUUCCCCCCCAAAAAAAUUCGAUGUUGAUCGAUCGGUCAGAGUUGGUCAUUGUUUUUAUAUGGAAUAAAUGGAGUAUAGAGUGUUAGGAUUUUUGUGAAGCAUUUUGUGAAGCAUUGUGAAGCACAGAACGCGUUAUAGGUUUGAGAUUCAAUAGCCAAUACAGCAAAUCUUUCUAAUUAAUAAAUAUUCCUUAAAAAGAGCGUUCGUUUUGUCGUGAUUUUAUACACGUUGCACGGCUUGCGCUAAAAGUUUCGUUAGAAUGAAAUGUUCUUGCGUCUAUCAAGAUGCAGCUUUGUUUCUAAUAUUUCGACAGUUCCGUUUACGAAUAUCGGCCAUUAUCUUAUCGGCCGUACCGUGCGUCGUGACAUCGACACUGCGAACAAGCGGCGCGAUUAAUUACGCCAGAGAUGUUUGAUGACAUUUCCUUGCACUUUGUGGUUCUCGAUUGAUAACGGUAGGCUUAAUGGAGCUAACGGAAUACCUCGUAAAAUCGUUCACGGCAGGAAACACUGGGACGAUACAACACAUAACGAACGAGCCGCCGGCGGAGUCGUCUCGAUCACGAAUCACGCAAAGGUCAUCCGAACAAUUAGUAUUACGUAGGCAUAAUUUCGUAUUUCCAAGGUGCAUCGGGAUGUAGCAAAUAUCUCGGGUGGCGAAUUCCUUUACUCAAUGAUCGACGACGGUGCAACAUAACGAGAGGAAGAAAGAAAAAAAAAGAGAGCGUGCGAUUGAGCGAGAAUAGAUGAACGAUAGUGGAAAUCAGAUUGAAAGUGUGAAUGACGAGUAAAUGCGUUGAUUACAUAAAAAUAAAAAAUGCUCACAUAGUUUCUGAACAAUUAAAAUCUUAUGCAAUUGCAAACGCAUUAGAUUUUAGACGCGGAUAAUCAAUAAUGUAAAACGGAAUUCAAACAGUUUUACUUCACUCGGGCUGGUUAUACCUUCUGUGAGAUUUAGUGUCUUUCUGGUAUCGAAAUUUAUUAAAUUCUUAAAACAGUCCAACAAUCUUCAAGCAAAUUCUUAUGAGCAUAUUUUAAGACAGUAAGCAAUGUUAUCACGUUUAAAAAAUAAACAAUUAACAUUUGGCCUCUAAAUAUAUAAAAACGAUACUUAGAAAAGUAUACUCUCGGAAAUAUGCUAGUCAAAAUGCUCAAAAUUACGUUCUUAAAAUUAUUAACAUUUUUCACGUAACGGUAACGAAUUGUUCUUAAUUUAUAGACGAAAGAAAUGUAGGUAGAAGUAGCGAGUAAUAUUUAUUAGUUUAUGAGAGAGUCGGGAAAUAAGUCAGAGAAGAAAGAGGAAUCAGACAUAUUUUGUGGGCGUAAGUUGUAUUUGUCGAAGAUAUUUAAUAGCUUUACUAAAUCGACGAUAAGCAAAUAUAUAUCCUUAGGUCAUGCAAACUUCGCGGUAAUCUUCAUCCGCGAGUCCGCCGUACCCUGGAAUCAGUCGAUUAAAACCGAGACUGAUAACAGGUUCAACAUGCAUCCGGGCCUUCAUUUAAUCAGCCGAUCGAUUCGCAAGUUGGAAAAACGAAAGGCUAAAAUUCGCACGGUAGGAACGACCUGCUGACAAUUCUUAACAUCUAUUGUAACUACUGUAACUACUGCGGUCUUUUAUUGAGGAGAACUAAAACUGUCAUUAAAACCCUUUAAAAUAAAUUCAUGUCUUUAAAUUUUUUAAAACGUAUGUAUUAUUUUUAAUUAAAUAAUACAAUGAUCAGAUUGCGUGGUUUCUACUAAAUUUUCAAAUGCUCUUGUCUUUUUAGGAUUGCUAUAUUUAAGUUUAUGAUCUAUCGGUGAAGGCGAUAAUAAUUAAACCUUUAAGUCUAAUUCGCCUAUUAACAAAUGUAAUCCAUUUCAAAUUAACGAAGGAAACGUUCGAGUUCUAUUCCAGGAUAUGAAGUUGCAGGAAACAUGAAACGUUGUCGGUACUAUUUUAUGAAAUAAGAGACUCUAACACGAUAGAUAUUGUCACAUUAUUACGUUACUUCUAAAUAUGUUACCGAUUUUCUGUGCCAUCUGCGUGAGCUUCUGUUAUGGCGUAAUUAUUUUUUUGUGAAUGAAAGCAAGCAAGAGAAAGAGGGAAAAAGGUAUACGUGCGAGAGACUUAACUCAACAGAACUCGUUUAUUUGUGAAAGGUAAUAUAUAGUGUAAUACUGUAAUUAUAGUGUAUAAGUGUUUUAAGCUGUGUUCGCGAUAAUUCCGAAAAAAAGAAAGGAAUGCUGUGCGAAGAGCUUGACUUUACCUGCACGAUCGAGUAAUCUUCGACGAUUCAGACCACCGCCGUUCGAUCAUCGACAAUCGUACAAUAGCGCGGACCAUAAAAUCUCAAUAUUUGCUUGGCUGACUAUCGGCUGAGGAUAAGCCUCUGUAUGCGUGUGUUACGUGUUGCUUAUAAAAUAAAAGAGAUUAUUCACUUGAGAA